CCUUCAACAGACACCUCCCCACAGACCUCCAGUGGCCCGUAAUGCUCGUGCAUGUACCGUUUGUCGCGCUGCAAAGAUGAAAUGUGUAGGCGCGGAUGAGAGUGGUCAAACUCCGUGCGAGCGAUGCCGCCGGACAAACUCAAACUGUAUCUUCGAGAAGCACAGAAGAGGGCGUAAACCUGGUUCAAAACUAUCAGAAGCUUCUAAGAUGCUCCGUCGUCUAGAGAAGAACCUCAACAGCGCGAAGCUCAAGUCCCAGUCAAACGAAAAAUUCAUGGCAUCCUCGGGCAUCUCAGAUGGUCAUAAUCCUUCAACAAAUAUCCCAGUUGAAGGCCGUCUCAGGGGCGUUGAUCAAACCUCCGACAGAUAUACAUCGUCCGGGAUGUCUUCCCAGACCAUGGACGUCGACGAGGACGAUAACGACACCGAACGCGGGGAUGAUCAAUUCCCAGCAAAAAUGAUCAAGAAGAAGGAAAAUCAAUUCUUCAAGAUUAUACUCAACCCGGAACAUAAAUCUCCUUCUCUAUCUCCGACAUCUCGUGCGACAAUCCAGACACCAGUUUCUCAGACCCGAAGUGCUUCUGGUAGUAAACAUCCGGAUCCCAUCGAUGCCGGUCUUGUUUCAGAAGAGAAGGCAGAGAUUCUGUUCGACUCUAUCUUCCUCCGGCUGAAUCCAUUCAUCAACCUUUUUGACCCUUCUUUGCACACUGUUUCGUAUGUUCGAUCGAAAAGUCCCUUCCUUUUUACGACUCUUAUCAUGGCUGGCUGCAAAUUCUUUGAGCCAUCCGCUUAUAAGGAUUGCCUUGAUAUGGCACAGCAAUAUGCCGUCCGCGCUUUUUCGGAAGCGUGGAAGAGUGUCGAAGUUGUUCAAGCUUUUGCUUGCUUGACGUACUGGAGAGAACAAAACGAUAAUCGUACUUGGAUGUACAUUGGCUAUGCGUGCAGGAUGGCCGUAGAACUUGGGCUUAACAAACUUGUUACCAAACCUCCUCCCAACGAAACUGCGCUCCAGAUGCGCCAACGCCGGAAUUAUGAGCGGACUUAUCUCGUGUUGUUCGUACACGAUCGUAGUCUGAGCAUGCAGACUGGUAGACAUUGGAUGCUUCCUGAGGACGAGCUGAUUCGGCACUCUGACACAUGGCAUGAAGAGGGUGGACCCGUUAAAUGCGAGGACGUAGUGGUGGCCGCAAUGGUCCAGUUACGCCGUAUAGCAGGAGAAACUACAGAUAUGUUCAGGACUAAUCGGACAUCUGCGGAUGACUCGAACUAUCCAUCCAAUGUCGGGAUUGUAUUAAAUGGCUGCAACACAAAGCUUGAUCAAUGGAAAUCAACAUGGCAAACAGAGUUACGACGAGCCAAUGGCCAAUCUUUCCACUACUCCUUCUUGUUGCUUUUCUGGUCGUACAUUCGAUUAUUCCUGAAUAGUUUCGGUCUUCAGCACCGUCUACCCCCCGCAAACCGCUCAAGCACUCACUUGAUGUCACUACACAUGUGCUAUGUUGACGCCCUGGAGAUUCUUCGUAUAGCUUCCAAAGAUUUUCGAGAGUUUGGUGUUCUCGUGUGUUUCACUUUGUUGCAACAGUACAGUAUUGCUCACACUUUGGUUAGCGCUACGGCCAGGAGUCUACUUCCAUCAUGACGGCUUACUCUGCCAUCACGUUACUCAAG